GAGACGACAUAGGAAUUGGGAACUUUCUUGUUAGCAAAAACUAUCGAAAUCUAAUUUUAGAUUGAGGCAGCUAGUAGUAUAAAGCUGAUCACACAAAUGCGGAGAUUCGUGAUUGGCCAAGCUAAAAAUCUUAUAGAUCAGACUCGUCGUCAACAUCAUCAUCAUCACAAAAAUCUCCGCCUUCUCUCUCUUCUUCCUCCUUUUUCUGCGGCUUCCGAUUCUAUUCCUGUUUCUUCAUCUCGUCUCUUGUCUUCUUCUUCCGAGAUGUCUGCUUCUGAUUCCUCUUCCUCUCUUCCAGUUACUCUUGACUCCAUCAAUCCCAAGGUUCUCAAAUGUGAGUAUGCUGUCCGUGGAGAAAUUGUCAACAUUGCACAGAGGUUGCAAGAAGAAUUGAAGACUAACAAGGACGCUUAUCCCUUUGAUGAGAUUAUCUACUGUAAUAUCGGAAAUCCUCAAUCUCUUGGUCAACAGCCUAUAACGUUCUUCAGAGAGGUUCUUGCGUUGUGUUCCCACACAGCCUUGUUGGACGAGAGUGCAACUCAUGGUUUGUUCAGUGCCGAUUCUAUUGAGCGUGCAUGGAAGAUUCUCGACCAAAUUCCUGGGAAAGCAACUGGUGCUUACAGCCACAGCCAGGGUAUCAAAGGAUUACGUGAUGCAAUUGCUGCUGGAAUUGAAGCCCGUGAUGGUUUCCCUGCUGAUCCUAAUGAUAUUUUCAUGACAGAUGGUGCUAGCCCUGGGGUUCAUAUGAUGAUGCAACUUCUCAUAAGUUCAGAGAAAGAUGGAAUCCUUUGCCCUAUUCCUCAGUACCCAUUGUACUCAGCUUCAAUUGCCCUUCACGGUGGAAGUCUGGUUCCAUACUACCUUGACGAAGCAUCAGGAUGGGGUCUUGAAAUAUCCGAGCUGAAGAAGCAACUAGAGGAUGCUAGGUCAAAGGGCAUCACUGUAAGAGCCUUGGCGGUCAUUAACCCUGGUAACCCGACAGGGCAGGUUCUUGCAGAAGAAAACCAGCGUGACAUUGUUGAUUUCUGUAAGCAAGAGGGCUUAGUUAUUUUAGCGGACGAAGUUUAUCAGGAAAAUGUUUAUGUCCCUGACAAAAAAUUCCAUUCCUUCAAGAAAGUAGCCCGGUCUAUGGGCUACGGUGAGAAGGAUAUCUCCUUAGUCUCGUUCCAAUCUAUCUCCAAAGGGUACUACGGAGAGUGUGGGAAAAGAGGUGGUUACAUGGAGGUUACUGGAUUCACUUCUGAUGUAAGAGAACAGAUAUACAAAGUGGCUUCUGUUAAUCUUUGUUCCAACAUAUCUGGUCAAAUUCUCGCCAGCCUCGUCAUGAGCCCACCCAAGCCUGGUGACGACUCCUAUGAUUCAUACAUAGCAGAGAAAGAGGGAAUUCUCUCGUCUUUAGCAAAACGUGCAAAGACCCUUGAAGAAGCUCUGAACAAGCUAGAGGGUGUAACAUGCAAUAGAGCAGAGGGAGCCAUGUAUCUAUUCCCUUGCAUUAAGCUUCCACAAAAAGCUAUUGCAGCUGCAGAAGCUGCAAAGACAGUACCAGAUGCGUUCUACUGCAAACGACUUCUAAACGCUACUGGAAUAGUCGUCGUCCCUGGUUCUGGCUUUAGACAGGUACCCGGAACAUGGCAUUUCAGGUGCACUAUACUUCCACAAGAAGAUAAGAUUCCAGCAAUCGUAAACCGUCUCACUGAGUUCCACAAGAGCUUCAUGGAUGAGUACCGCGACUAAGCAUUCUGUUUUUUAAGACCUCUUUAUAUAGACAUGAUCAAUCUUGAGUAAUAAUAAGAAAAAGGUCACUUGCCCGUUUCUUUUUCAUUGACAUUUACAGAAACUAAGAUUUCAGAGCAUUAGUUAGUGCUCUUGUUUUCAUAUUCAGCUGUUGUUCUGUUUUCUUAUCUUAUUAUAUAAACCAUAUUGAGAGAGUUUUUGUAGCGAUUAACAAAACGUAAUGUUCUAAAAAAAACCAUGAAUUUAUUAUAUAUUACAAUAUUGUUUGA